AUUUAUUUCAACGCAUUUUUUUCCACUUCAAAACCAAAACUUGUUCUCCACGUUCUCUCUCUCUUCCUCUUUCUCUCUCUUUAUAUAUAACACAUCUUUGCCUUCAAGAAACUCACUUCUUCUCAUAAUCUCAUAACCAACCCAAACACAAACUUAACACUUCAAAAACUCUCCAAUGGCUCCCCUUUACACUACACAAAUUGUUCUAUUACUGAUUAUCUUUGCUUCUCUUUGUUCAUCUCUAGAAGGAAGAAAACUUCUUAUUGGUUCAGAAAAACAAAACAACAAGAAAGUUAACACCCCAUCUUCAACAGACAGUUUGUUUCUCGCUUCACUUCCUAAGGGUACUGUCCCUUAUUCAGCACCAAGCAAGAGAGGGAACUCUGUUGAAGUUGAUGAGAAGCUCGUUGCACGUCACCUCAUUAGUAUUGAACAUGAAGUAAGGAUUCUUCUGCGAUCUGUUCCUAGUCCUGGUGCUGGCCAUUGAUUUUUUUUGGUUCAUUUAUAUACGAUGACAACACAUUGUUUCAUUUGUUCAGUUUUUUUAGUUUUCUAUUUUUUUAAGAUUAUUUUUAUAUAUAGGGAUAGAUGAAUUGUAUAAAAGAGAGUUUAAUGUUAGCUUAGCAUAUAUGUCUUUGUAUUAUUGGUUUUGAAGGAUAAAUUAAAUUAUAUUUAGGAAUGAAUGAUAUGUUUGUUUUUUACUUGACCAACUAUUGUUUUGUUGUUUCUGUAUAAUGUUACCAAAAUGACUUAAUUUAAAAUCAAACAUCUUUUUAGAUUGUUGGUUUGAAACUUCAGAGGCACCAUCGAUUACGAGGUGAUCUGAUUUAAGAUUAAACUAUGUAAGAGAUAAGAAAUGAUCCAAAUAUUAUUUGUGAGAGCAUUUCUUUUACUCUCUUGUGAUUAAAUGUAGUUUCAAAAUAUUCAAUUUAUUAUUCAACAAGAUAUUGACUAACCCAAAAAUAUUUAAAGGGCAUUUGCACCAAUCAUAAAAAGUACAACCUGUAAAUUCUUCCUAUC